AUGCCUAAGGAUGAGCGGGAGCGGGAGAUUCUCGACAAGCUCACAGUCAUCCAAGACAAGCUGCUUCUUCUCAAGAGGGACCGUACCAACUACAUCAGGACCCAGGAUGUCAUGGAAUUGCAAGACCAGUUUGUGGAGCAGGUUAGACAAGUAAACGAUAUCCGAAAGGGGGAACACAAGGGGGAAAAUCGAUUGGAUAAGGUCCUCGAGAGCUGUCUCCAGCACAUCUCGCUAUUCUUCAUGACGAUCGGACGAACGAGCGAAGUGCCGGCGGCGUACGCGCUCACCUCCACCAUCAAACGGUUGCUCGAUCACCUGACGGAGGCGAGGCUCUUUUCCUCCAAAGAUCUCACCAGCAUAUCCAACACACUUGGCCGGAUCGAGAGUAUCCUAGAGAAGAGGGACUCGACACACUCCCCUUAUCUCAUCGAGCUACUAGGACACAGGAAGGCACUGUGCAAGUCCAUGCUGGCCAAUUUGCAAAUGCAGCUGGACCAGUUGGGGGAACCACUACAGGCUAUUUACGAGCAACUCAUCUCGGUCAUGCGGUCGAUGUCUCUUGCCAACACGAAGUCCAAAUUCUCUACGACUGAAGUGCAAAAGCUAAAGUCAAAGCUGCAAGAAAUUAAUGAGUCGAUGGUGGACGGCAAGUUUGUGGAUGACGAGGGGAAAGAGCUCAAGGGCAGCGAGGUGGUGUCAGUACUCGUUGGCCGGUGUUUACAGUGGUCGGACAUUGUCCUCGAGAGGAAAGGGGUGAUUCCGGAAGGCUUCAAGGACAAGUACGACAUCCUCAUCAACAUCCGCAAUGAUCUAGAUAAGAUCUCCCUCACACAGGCUUGGUCAUUGCGCGAGACGGACCUGUACGACUUCCAGCGGCAGCUCGACAAAAUCGACGAAGCGCGUGUUGACGGCAACUGGCUGGACCAAGAAGGUCGGCCGGCCGAGCUUUAUGUUCAGCGCACGCUUCUCUAUCUCAUCCGACGCAGCUACGGUUACAUCUACCACCUCAUGAACUCGUCUGAGCCAGUGUCGGAGGCACUGCUGCCCGUCUUUAACCAGCUGCAAACGUUGAAGCGAUGCUUGAUCGAGGUCAAGAAUAACGGGGGUGUGAGCUCCGUCAGGGAGUUGUACCCUUACAGCAUGAAGUUGAACUCGAUGGACAACAUGAGGGUGGACGGAAAGUUCAUGGUUAAUAACGACAUCCCUGAAGGCCAAGGCAGCGUUAGCGAACUUCUUGCGGACUGUUUCGAUCUCAACUACGAAUUACGGGUUGCCGCCGAGGAGCUAGAAGAAAGCGGAGAGAAGUCGACCGCCGCACAAGCCUCCACAUAG